AUCAUGGGGCUUACCUCUUUGUUUCCCAUGUCUCAGGAACGGUCUUUCAUUGCUUGAUAACCAGUAUCUUAAAAACUGUUGGUUUAUGUAAUUUUGUUCAGGCAGGAGGCUAAUCGGGUCAUUGAAUCCCUGUAGAUGAGAAAUGGAAGUUUUCCCUUAGCAUUUUGAAAAACAUUUCCCUUACUUUUGCCAUGUAGUAACUCUCCAGUCUUCAUGUAUGUGUUGUUUUUCCUUCUCCAAAGCCUUUAGGAUCUUUUUUCAUGUCCUCGUUUUUCUGAGACUUCUCACUGGCGUGCCUUUGUAUAGAUGUUUUUCAUUCAUUGUCCUAAAUUCUUUGUGGGCCCUCCCUCCUCCCUGGUGCUUUUAAACAGAGAGAACAUUUUACCAAAAUAUCCUGUAGUGUGAAUGAUCUCCUUUUGGUUUGCCUUCCCCUCUGCCAGCAGUUAAGAUUCAGCUUUCUCUGCUUUUCUAACUUAGAUACCACCUAUCCUUUAUUUUCUGCCUUCUAACAUUUUGUUAACACCUCCUCAUGGACCAUGAUGUUACUAUCACUUGAAUGGAAUCAAGGAGGGAGUGGAGAUCAGUACAAAAGUGCUGUGUGUGGCCUGUGUUUAUACAGAUGCCCCUGUGCAUGUGCAUACGAGGCCCAGGUAGGGGGAAGGAGCCAGAGGGACCGACACGUACACAGAGCAGGGCAUGGCAGAUCAGCGCAGAGAUCCACAGGGGAUGACCACAGAGGGGUGCAGUGAGGAGGGCACUGCGGCUGAGGGCUGGCCCCUGUGGUGGGGGAGAGUGCUGGCUAGCUGUCCUGGACUAUACCACCUGACCCAGUGGGCCUCUCUGCCCCUGUAAUUAGGCUCCACUGCCCUCACACAGGCAUGAGCAGAAACCUGUUGUUUCAGGAGCCGGUGACCUUUGAGGACGUGGCUGUGUACUUCACUCAGAAUGAGUGGGACAUCCUGGACCCUGUGCAGAGGGCCCUCUACAGGGAGGUGAUGGAGAACUAUGCAAAUGUGGCUUUUGUGGGGGGUGAGACCAGAAUUGAGAGGGAAAAAUCCACUCCAAAGGAACACAUUGCCAAAGAAUCAGAGUCCCGCAGACUGACACUGGCAGGGCUGCCAGGGAAUGUUCCCCAGGACCUUGAUCUUGGGAGCAGCCCAGGGCAGCAGCACAGCCACUGGGUAGUUACGAAGGCAGAGUCAGAGAGGAGAAAUUCCACUGAGGUGUCAUUCCAGUAUCAUGAGGCACAGGCUAUUGAGAGCGGGGAGAAGUGUGAGAAAUUAGCAACAAACAUUAGCGUCAACACACAACUCGCCGCGAAUCAGCCAGGUCCUGGUGGUCAGAUACCUUAUGAAUGGAGACAAUGUGACAGAUACUUCAGUCAAAUGGCCGGCUUCCACCAACAUCAGAGGUGUCACACUGGUGAAAAGUCUUUGGGAUGCAAAGAAUGUGGGAAAGACUGCAGAUGUAACUGCUAUAACUCACUGCUUACUCGGCAUCAGGCAGUUCACACUGGAAAGAAACGACUUAAACCUAAAGAGUCUGGGAAAGGCGUAAGUUCAGACACAGCCUUGAUUCAGCAUCAGAGAAUCCACCCUGGAGAGCAGCCCUAUGAGUGUAAGGAGAGCGGCAAGGCCUUCAGUAGCAGCUCCGUCGUCCUCCAGCACCUGAGGUUCCACACUGGGAAGAGACUCUAUGAGUGUGAAGAGUGUGGGAAGCAGUUGAGCUCCAACACGGCCUUGACUCAGCAUCAGCGCAUUCACACCGGGGAGAAGCCUUUUGAAUAUGUGCAAGAUUAAACAAGGCAUAAACCAGAAAGAUAAAGAUAUAUGGGCACCUAUUACAAUAUGAAUAUUAGAAGUCUCCCAAACUCACCAACAGAGGGGCCUUGUCUAUUGGAGCCAUCUGCAUCUAGGACAUUCUAACAGAGUUCAGGCUUUCAGAGACCUACCUCGGGUGCAGCCCACCCACACUACUCAUUACUCUGAAGUUACUCUUGACCACUCAAUUGCUGUCUGUGCCUUUGCAAAAGUUGGGGUGUGUGUACUCUGAAUCAGAUGCAAGAUGCUGUCUGUCUUAAAUUUAUCCAUCUCAUUGCUGUUCUAAGUGACUUCACAGUUGGGAACAUUUCUUAGCAACUUCAUCUAGUUUUUUUUUUUCCACUCAGGGAAUUAGCUACCACUUUCGCAGACAGCUUGACGGCCCACUGCAGGAAGCAGAGGGUUAAGUUACAGAAACUCGAUGCUAAUUUCUUUAUCUGUAAAAUAGGGAUGACAAUCUACCUCAUAGUUCUGUGUUGAGGAUUAGCUGCAUUAAUACAUGUAGAAGUGCUUAGCACAGUGGCUGGAGCAUAAUAAACAAAAAUGUUAUUUAUGGGAACGUGAUUGAUAUGUUUUGAGUUACGUAUACACCAGUGAAACAAUCACCACAAGAUAAUAAGCGGCCAAACCUCCCAAA